GGAGUAGUUGAUAUGAACAUUAACACAAAACGCACACAAAAGUUCACUCUUCUGGAUGUUGUCAAUAAGAAAAUUAAGUAUAUUCAUGGGGGAAAUGAAAGGCAUGAAGAUCAAAUCAGGCUGGAGGUGGUCGCUCACAGUUACAACUACCUUCCAGAAUGUCUAAAAAGUCAUCACAAGUAUGUCCUCCCAGUUGAAAUUCUUCCCGUCAAUGAUAUACCACAACUUAAUGCAGGAGAAAUCAUCAUCACAGAAAAUGGCCGGACACGUUUGAGUCCCAGCCUUAUCAAAAUCAUGGAUUCUGACACCCGUUGUGAUGAAUUAGUAGUAACUGUAACCUCAGAGCCUUCCAUGGAAGUUGGCUACUUAGAAAAUGGUCAGCAGCCAGGGAGAAGCAUCUCAGAGUUCACUUGCAGGGAGCUGAAGGAUGGAAAUAUCUAUUUUGUACACCGAAGGGGUAGGGCUGCUGAAAUUAUCUUGGAAGUGUCUGAUGGACAGUCAGUGAGCCAUUCAACUACUUUAAAGUUGUCUGUGACACAGCCACAUAUAACUAUUGUCACCAACACUGGCCUUCUACUGCCUCAAGGAAGCAACGCAUCCAUAAGUAUUCACAAUCUGGACGUCCUCGCUCAUCCUCCUAAUGGAGAUAGUAUGUACAACAUCACACAACCUCUGAACUUUGGAGAAGUGCAGAUUCUCACACAUGAUGGAAUAUACAAGCAGGUUACAACUUUCCAUCAAUCUGAUCUGGAUCAAAACCGCCUUCGAUACAUCAGCACAAACUCAAGUGACCAGGAAGAUGUUGUGGUGGAGCGCAUUCAGUUCGACACCCACCUGGGGCAGUUCUCCCUUUGGAACAACACCUUCUUGGUAAAGAUAAUCCCUGCACAAGUGAAAGUUUCUAACCUUAUUCCGCUGGAGAUGGAGGCUGGUGAAGAGCAAACAAUUGGAUUCACAGAGCUUCAGGUCCAAGUAAAAGGGAAGAAUCCAGAUCCACAAACUGUAAAAUAUAUCCUUGUCAAGCCUCCAACACUGGGUAGUCUCCAGCUGCUAGACAAAGAACUUGCUGAGGGUGAUAUGUUCACCCAGAAGGACAUUUUGGACAAUACUGUUAGCUACAGGGCUCAGGUGCAAAGAGCUGUGGAUAGUGUAGACCAGUUUAAGUUCAGAGUUUUUGCUGAUGAUCAGUACUCUCCUCUGUACACCUUCCCAAUUACCAUCCUUGCCAAUGCAGAUGCUCCUGUUUUGACCAAUGAGAGACUGGUUGUCUUCGAGGGUGGUGAGCAUACUGUGAACAAAGACUAUCUCUGGAUGCAGUCACCGAUUUCAACCAAUUUUGUUUACCGGGUCACACAAGGGCCAAAGUACGGCCGACUGAUAAGAGACUCUCCUCCCGGGCAGCCUAGGUUUGAGGGGGCAAUUCAACUUUUCAGUAAUGAAGACCUCCAACUAGAAAGGCUCAUUUACAAGCAUGAUGGCUCCAAAACAAGCAGUGAUGAGUUUCAUUUCUCAGCAUUUGAUCAAGGAGCAGAAAAUUCAGACAAUCCGGAGACACUGAGUGGUGUUUUCAGGAUAUCAAUCCAAACUAAGAAUGAGCACGUUCCUGUGAGAGUUGUGGAUAAAGUGUUCAACGUUGUCCGCCACGGUCAGCGUCUGCUAACAACUGAUGUCAUCCAGUUUCAGGAUGAAGACUUGGAUUUAAAUGACACCCAAGUUGUUUAUGCUCGUGAGGGAAUCCUUUCAGGCAAUAUCGUCUCAACAUCUAAACCAUCACAGCCUCUUUUCCGUUUCACACAAGCCGACCUGCGAGACAAAAAGGUCCUCUUCAUUCACCAUGGAGCAGAUCAGGAACGCUUCUCACUGCAGGUGUUAAAUGGAUUCCAUAAGACCACAGCACUGCUUCAGAUCCAGGCAGGUGAGCCCUAUCUGCAGGUGGUGAACAACACAAUCAUUGUUAUCGACCAUGGAAGCACUAAGACCCUUAACACCACCCUUCUGAGUGCUGCCUCCAACAUGGACAUUAGAGAAGACAGUGAAAUCAGGUUCCAGAUUACAUCACCCCCCAGAGAUGGCAGGAUUAUUGUGAGUGGGAUUGAGGCGUCAGUAUUCACCCAGGAGGACCUGAAAAAAGGGGUUGUGUCAUAUAUGCAUAAUUAUGAGAGCCUGAGGUCCAAGGACUCCUUCAGCUUCGUUGUCCAAGCAAAAGGACAUUCAGAAGAGGGUACAUUCAGGAUUAAAAUAUUCAAGCAAGGUUACCUCUCUGAGCCUGAGGUGAUAAACAAUGAGGUUAUUAUUUCCUAUGAGGGAGAGCACACCAUAAUCAACGAGGAUUAUAUCAAGGUUGAGCAUGCUGAUAUUCUGCCUACAGAAAUGGUUUUCACCAUUAAAGAUCCUCCUAAGUUUGGGCACGUGGUCAGGCUGACAAACAGUUCAGACGACAGUGCCUCUCCUGUCCUCAACUUCACGCAGGAUGACAUUGAUCAGGGCCUCAUUCUCUAUGUGUCUGCAUUCAUCCAGGGCAGUGAUGCCUUCACAGUGGAUGUCGGUAAUGGUUUUACCACAUUGGAGGACCUGCAGAUCUCUCUGAACAUUGUCCCCCGGUUCAUCCCCGUACAAACCUUCAACUUUACAGUAAAGGAAGGCCUCAACAGGGCAAUUAAUGUGGAGAUUAUAAACAUCUCGCAUCCCUUCUACAGCUCAGCAAACAUAGACUUUUCUGUGGACGAGCCGCCACAGCACGGGGACAUCCGCUACCUGGAUGGAGACCAACUUACUUAUUUCACUUGGGAAGAG